AAACAAUAAUGAAGUUAACAUUAAGUCGUUAUCGUAUAUUAUUAUCCUUGCAAUUUACUUUGUUAAUAGCUGAUUUAUGUUUCAAUACAUUUUCUCAUCUUUUGAUGACACCAAAAUUACAAUUGACCAUAUUAUUGUUUGUGACACAGGAUUUAUUCAUAAUAUGUGAAUAUUUAUUUUUUACUUUUGCCGUACAUGCCACCUGUGUUUAUGAGGUUGGUGCUACCCAUGUGAUUUUAAGGAAUUGCAAAUUUUUCCUUUUCACCAUACUGCUGUAUUUUCUGUUAUCGGUUUCCCAGCAUUUUUGGUUUGUUUACAAUGUUUUGUGGUAUCCCAUGUCAAAUUGGCCCACUACCUUAAAGGCUUUAUCGUUUGUUCAGAGGACUGUUUCAUUUUUCUAUUAUUACACAUAUAAGCGCACUGCUUUAACCAUAUCCGACCCACGAUUUUAUGAAGAAAAUAUCGAUUGGAUUGCCGAACAAUUAAGUGAUAAAUAAAAAUACAUAUGUAUUUGCAAAUAUUUUAUACAUG